UUAACGUUAACAGGUGACGUCAUGAAUAGACAGUGUUAGCAUGUAGCUAACUAGCUAGCUAACAUCCCAGGUGUAGAGGUGUCUUCUCUUUCAGGCCGGUCCGUGUUCUGAUGGUGAGGUUCGGCUCAUCUGGGUCCAGCUGUUUCACCGCUAGUUUCUCAGCGAAAUUUCUUCUGUCAAACGUCUCUUUGAGGUGAGAAUGUACCGAGGUUGGGUUUGUCUUGUUGGAGGGACACUGCUCGCCAUUGUCAUGUCCCUAAAUGGGUGCGUCACGAGACGAGAGAAACCUGACGAGAGGCAGCGCAGGGUUGGCCCCAAAUGUAUUUCAGUCUAAUACCUUCUUGUAAAUGUUCUGUGUUUAAUGUGGAGAAAACAUUUAAAGUCGUAUUCAGUCGUGAUGUAAGGUUAGUGAGGAACAUUAAGGCUUCUUCUCUGUGGUCCAAACUCUUCAGGGAAAGCAGAGCGAGACCAUCGGGACUCAACAUCCUGCCUCAGAAGAUCUGACACUAACCGGACAAACUCUCCCAGGAGCUCAUUAAUGGAGGAAGUGUUAUUGGUUCCUGCUAACCUCAAAAUAUUAAGACAACAAAGUAAUGGAGCGCAGCCUAAACUGAUGCUCAUAGAUGAGACAGCACAACAAAGGAGGACAAGAAGAAAGGAGGAUGGGAGGAAAAUAGGACAAACGGUCAUUUGGACAAGAGGAGAAGUUGAGGAAGAAAAGGAAAGAUGGAGAAAAAUCAUCUGGACCAUCAGGAACAUCUGGAGAUUCUGGAGCAUCAGUAGUGUAGAAUAUAAGAAAUAAACUGACGACCCAGUUCAUAAAUUAACUAUUAAUAAAAUGCAUUUAGGGUACACCAGAACACAGCCUUGAUUCUGGAAGGAUUGCGACUAUUGUAAAACCACUGUAAUUUUUAAAACUAAUCAAUAGAAUAAUACGAAUGUAGAGCUAUGAUUGUAUUCAAUUGUAUCUACUGAAAUGCAUGCAUUUAAUACUUGAUAGCACCACGACUGAUAUUGACUGAGAGAUAUUAGGAAUCUGAGCUACAUUGAACUCACCAGGAGACCACUCCCAGGGGGCGGGGCCACACCUUUACAGAUCUGUAUAAAUACCUGUAGGCAUCCAUUGAUCCAGAGACACUAGGGAUGGUUAAAGGACGGCCUGUGACCUGUUGAUGGCAGAGACCAGCAGCUCCUCAGCUGAGAUGUUCUUUUUAGCACAACACCUUUUUCUUUUAUUGAAUACUUCUGAUUUUAACUUUUCAAUCCAAGAUGUCUUCUGUCUGUCUGGUGUUUCUUCAUUUACUUUUAACAUAUCUGGAGCAUCAUUAGCAAGGAUCAACAUGGAUCUCUAGAUUUGAGGACAUUGUGUCAGACCACGUUUAGAGAGCGGACAUUGGACUAAGAAGACAGACACAAAGCAGAGAAACUGGUGACGAAACAUAAAAUGAAGAGAAGACAAAGAAAAAUAGACUGAUCAACGAGAAGUGGAGGUCCAGUAGAGAACGUCUGGUUUAUGAUCGAGCCAAGAAAAUAAUUUCUGGCACUGAUUGUAGGACAUACAGCAGUGAAAAGGUUAAGGGGUUGUAGUUGGGAGAAGUAACUUCACAGUGGAAACAAGAAAGGGGCUCUGGACCAGUUCUAUGCAAGGAGCUUCUCUGUUGUCUUUGUCUUAAUCAGCUGCAGAUGUUUUCAUACAAAAUUAGCUUUUCACACUACGAUUUGGUGACUACAUGUACAUGUCAUGUAGUCUUGAUUUGAGUGUUUAUAAUGGUCAUUUACAUUUGAAAAGAUUGUAAAUCUAGUUCUUUAAAUUGUAGCAAACUGUAGUCCAAUUAAACUCAAUUUCUCAAACACAACACUUAUCGCCGAGUGGUUAGAAUCCAGCAGCUAAUGUGAAGCUGCAUCUGAGCUCUGACUCCACCUCGUGAUCCACAUCAGCUGAUUAUAAACUAGGAAGUAGAAGAAAAAGGAGAAGGAGAUGAAGGAGAAGUGAGAGAGAGUCACCAGUUCUACUUUAACGUCUUAAGGUGACCAGAUUAUGUGAGUAUGUCUGUGAUAUACUGUGUGUGCUGUAGUGUGUGUUUGUGUGUUAACGGGCCAUUAAACUUUUAAAAAUGUAUUUUACUGUUUAAAAAUAGUUUUAUUGUUUGUUCGUUUUAAACCAAAAAUGGCAGUUUUCUUUGUCCAAGAAAAACCACGAAAGGAAGAUCGAUUUUUAUUUUUGUUUUAUUUUCUUUUUUGACUUUAAAACAAAAUCGCAGCGAAACUGGAAGUACGUAAGUUCACAGUAAAGGUUAACGCGAUUUAAAGUUUGUAUGCCAGAAAGUCUUCUGCGAUAUAACCAAAUAGCAGAGUUAGAGCUGUCACAUUAUGUAAUUUUGCUGAGGUACAAUAAGUACAUUUCAACCAUAAGUAUUGUAGGAUAUUAAAAAAUAAAUUGACGACCAGGUUCAUAAAUUAACUAUAGAUAAAAUGCAUUUAGUGUACAACAAAAUACAACCAUGAUUCUGGAGAUAUGUAUUUGAUUCAAAGUAAUGGGAAUGUUGUAAAACCACUGUAAUUUUGAAACUGUAAUCAAUAGAAUAUUAUCAAUGUACAGUUAUGAUUGUAUUCAAUGUAAUGUGAUCUACCGAAAUGCAUUCAUGUAAUACUUGAUGACGCCACUGAUCAACUGAUGUUGACUGAGACCUUUGAAAUCUGAGCUACAUUGAACUCACCAGGAGACCACUCCCAGGGGGCGUGGUCACCACUCCCAAGGGGUGUGGCCACCGACUUUCACACCUUUACAGAUCAGUAUAAAUACUUGUAGGCAGCCAUUGUUCUUGAGUUGGCUGGUCGUAGACAGCAGACGUGGUCUAGGGAUGGUCAUGAGACCGUCCUGUGGCCUGUUGGUUGCGGAGACCAGCGGCUCCUCAGCUGAGAUGUCCUUUUUAGCACAACACCCUUUCAUUUAUUAAAUACUUUUGAUUUUAACUUUUCAAUCCAUGAUGUCUCCCGUCUGUCUGGUGUUUCUUCAUGAUUUGAACACAACAGUAUACAAACUCAAAAGAACAACAAAGUGCAAUUUCAUCAAAUAAGACGAUGUGCAGUUUAAGGUCUACAGUGUGUUAGUGUUUUAGUGGAGGUUUAGUCUGAAGAGGUGAGUCUUUAGUUUUAGUUUCUAGUCGAGUGUUUUGCUCUCAGUGAGGGAGGAACAAGCAGCUUGAUGUUGGGAUAGAGGGUUUCACCAGGUCCUGGAUUGAGACUGGACCCCAUCCAUUCACUGUGUGAACCAAUGCCUUGAACUGGAUGAGGCAGCCACUGGUAACCAGUGAAGAGAGGAGGAGUGGAGUAGUGUGGGUAAAUUUCGGAAGGUUGAGGGCCAGUCGAGCUGCUGCAUUCUGGAUGAGCUGCAGAGGUGGAAUGGAGCAGGGAGACCUGCCAGGAGAGAGUUACAAUAGUCCAGGAGAUGACAAGAACCUGAACCUUCAGAGUGGGGAGGGGUCGUAUUCUGCUGAUGUUGUAGAGCGUGUUUAUGAAAGUAAAUCUGUGUCAUCGGGAUGUCAUUUGAAAGAAAGUGAUUGAAUUUCUUGCACUGAAUAUUUAUGCAUUUAUGUAUCUGAAUGUUUUCCAACGUUAAAAUACUGCAAAAUAUUCAACCACAAAAAAUUCAACCGCAAAAAAUUCAACCGCAAAAUAUUCAACCGCAACAUUCGGGACCUCAAGGAAGAGCAAUUGAUUCUAGAUUUAAGAUCAGCAGCGUGCGUCAAGCAAAAGGAGCGAGCACCCAAUACACCUUGUAUGGGCUUGUCGGCAGCUUGGUGACCGGAUUGUAGCCAUGUCCAAUAAUAACGGGGCUUUAACUCUUUACGCUUUAACCUUUUUCUUUCAAAACCCGAUGACACAGAUUUACUUCCAUACGUGUUGUCGUGAUGUCCCUUCAGGGCCCUACUAAUAGAUAGAAAAAAGAGAGAGAAAAGAAAAGAAUUAGAAAAGGUUGUUGGGAGGACGGGUUUUUAAAAUGCUCACUGGAGAACGAGAAGAGUGGGUUGAGCUGUAUUUAUAGAAAUACCGGAAGUAGUGUGUUGGAGGCGUGGUCUUGCUCCCGGAAUGAUGCUAAUUAGCUUCACAUGAAGGUUUUGUUGUGCGCUUAUUGCAACAACAUUAAUUGCAAAAAACAAUAUUUUUGCAAUUUCCACACCAUUUUAUGGCACUGAUUACGUUCUUAUUUAUAUAAACGAUAUAUAAUGCCUAGUGCAACAUAGUGUGCAACAUAGUGUGGAUGCGUCUCAGCCUCAGUAAAAUAUUAGUCAGCUCCAUAAGUGUGAAAGUUAAGUAAUUAAAGAGACCUUUCACUAAUAACUACAGCGGAGCUCGCGGUAACGUGAGCAGCUUGUUGUGUAUUUGUUAUAAUGUGUGUUGGUACAUUGAUGCUUCCUUCUUCUCACAGACGAGAGGCUCGUUGGUUUCAUUUUGCGCUCACGGGUUGCAGAGCUGUUGUUUCGUCUGGUUACUGCUCCUUAUUGUUAUUAAUCGGGAAAAUCAUGUUUCGACAUUUCAUUCAGACCAAAACUUACUUGUGGUAAAAGUGCAAAAAAAACAUUAGAGACGUAAGACUGGGAGAGCCGUGGAUAAAGGGAUGUGCACCAAUAGUCAGCUUUUGAUGUUGAGGGUUCGUGUGCUGAUUUGUACACACACUAUACAGAGUAAUGAUUACAUCACAUGUCAUUUAGCUGACACUUUUAUCCAAAGGAACAUACAUUUCAUUACAACCCAUGUGAUAUUUGGCCUGGUGGCCAUUCAGGGUCAGUGACAUGUCAAUAUGACACAUGGAGCAGCUGGGAUUCAAACCACCAACCUUGCGGCGCCCAGCACAUCACACUACUUCAUGCGCCACCAUCACCCUGUGGAACCAGCUGCAGCUUCAGUCCUUCAUGUUCCUCCAGAAGUCUUUAAGAGACAGAAGACAACAACAAACCAAGUGUCCCCUGAGAGUUUUAGUGUUGAGGUGAAUGAGCUCUGUGUGUUUGUCCUGAUGAAGAUGAAUAAUGUGUGAGAUCUCCCAGCAGGUUGUUGUGAAGGUGUGAAGGUGUGGACUCUGCUAUGAAUCAGGCUGAGGACCCAGAGGACAGUGUCCCUCCCUCUGAAGCCCCUCUGUGGGGGGGACAUGACAGACAGACCAAAGCUCAGAGGACCCAUCAGGGACCAGAACCUGGACCUGGACCCAGCUGUGUGUCCAUGAAGAGUAACUGGUCUAUGGAUCGUCCUAUAGUCUUCAAAGAUGUCCGUCCCUCUGCUGAUGCAAGUUCACAUCAGCAGAGAAGAAAGUCUCCUGAACCCAGAUGUGUGUCCUUGAAGAAUGAUCGGUCUAUUGAUCAUCUGAUUGACUUCAAAGAUGAUCAGUCUAAUGGUCGAUGGAUUGACUUCAAAGAUGGACGCCGUUCUUAUGACCCACAAGAGGACCAGGAGAGCUCAGAGGUUCCCACAGAGUCUGCCCAGCAGCAUCAAACCCACCUGGACUCCAUCUUCAUGCUGCUGGAGGAGAACAUCCUCACCUUUGUGAAGAACGAGCUGAAGAAGAUCCAGAAGAUUUUGAGUUCAGAUUACCCAGAAUGCUUAGAGAAGGAGGAUGAGGAGGUGCUGGAUGAAGAGCAGAGGAGGAGCAGAGAGGGAUUUGUGAAGAUCUCAAUGCACUUCCUGAGGAGAAUGAAGCUGGAGGAGCUGGCUGAGCGUCUGCAGAGCAGACUUUCUGCUGCAGUUUGUCAGCGUGAACUCAAAUCCAACCUGAAGAAGAAGUUCCAGUCUGUGUUUGAGGGCAUCGCUAAAGCAGGAAACCCAACCCUUCUGAAUGAGAUCUACACAGAGCUCUACAUCACAGAGGGAGGGACUGCAGAGGUCAAUGAAGAACAUGAGGUCAGACAGAUUGAAACAGCAUCCAGGAGACCAGCCAGACCAGAAACAACCAUCAGACAAGAAGACCUCCUCAAAGCCUCAGCUGGAGGAGAAGAACCAAUCAGAACAGUGAUGACUAAGGGAGUGGCUGGGAUUGGGAAAACAGUCUUAACACAGAAGUUCACUCUGGACUGGGCUGAAGACAAAGACCUCCAGGACAUACAGUUCACAUUUCCAUUCUCCUUCAGAGAGCUGAAUGUGCUGAGAGAGAAGAAGUUCAGCUUGGUGGGACUUGUUCAUCACUUCUUCAGUGAAACCAGAGCAGCAGGAAUCUGCAGGUUUGAAGAGUUCCAGGUUGUGUUCAUCUUGGACGGUCUGGAUGAGUGUCGACUUCCUCUGAACUUCCACAACAAUAAGAUCCUGACUGAUGUCACAGAGACCUCCUCAGUGGAUGUGCUCCUCACAAACCUCAUCAGGGGGAAGCUGCUUCCCUCUGCUCGCCUCUGGAUAACCACACGACCUGCAGCAGCCAAUCAGAUCCCUCCUGAGUGUGUUGGCAUGGUGACAGAGGUCAGAGGGUUCACUGACCCCCAGAAGGAGGAGUACUUCAGGAAGAGGUUCAGAGAUGAGGAGCAGGCCACCAGGAUCAUCUCUCACAUCAAGACCUCACGAAGCCUCCACAUCAUGUGCCACAUCCCAGUCUUCUGCUGGAUCACUGCUGGAGUUCUGGAUGAGGUGUUGAAGACCAGAGAGGAAGGAGAGCUGCCCAAGACCCUGACUGAGAUGUACAUCCACUUCCUGGUGGUUCAGUCCAAAGUGAAGAAGGUCAAGUACGAUGGAGGAGCUGAGACGGAUCCACACUGGAGUCCAGAGAGCAGGAAGAUGAUCGAGUCUCUGGGAAAACUGGCCUUUGAUCAGCUGCAGAAAGGCCACCUGAUCUUCUAUGAAUCCGACCUGACAGAGUGUGGCAUCGAUAUCAGAGCAGCCUCAGUGUGCUCAGGAGUGUUCACUCAGAUCUUCAGAGAGGAGAGAGGACUGUACCAGGACAAGGUGUUCUGCUUCGUCCAUCUGAGUGUUCAGGAGUUUCUGGCUGCUCUUCAUGUCCAUCUGACCUUCACCAGGUCUGGUGUCAAUCUUCUGUCAGAAGAACAAACAACCUCCCUGUGGUCUAAAGUCUUCAGUGGCAAACUUAAACGAAUGCGUCUCUACCAGAGUGCUGUGGACCAGGCCUUCCAGAGUCCUAAUGGACACCUUGACUUGUUCCUCCGCUUCCUCCUGGGUCUUUCCCUGGAGACCAAUCAGAGUCUCCUACGAGGUCUGAUGACACACACAGGAAGUCACUCACAGACCAAUGAGGGAACAGUCGAGUACAUCAAGAAGAAGAUCAGUGAGAAUGUGUCUCCAGAGAAAAGCAUCAAUCUGUUCCACUGUCUGAAUGAACUGAAUGAUGAUUCUCUAGUGGAGGAGAUCCAACGGUUCCUUAGAUCAGGACGUCUCUCCUCAGAUAAACUGUCUCCUGCUCAGUGGUCAGCUCUGGUCUUCAUCUUACUCUCAUCAGAAGAUCUGGAGGUGUUUGACCUGAAGAAAUACUCUGCUUCAGAGGAGGCUCUUCUGAGGCUGCUGCCAGUGGUCAAAGCCUCCAACAAAGUUCUACUCAGUGGCUGUAACCUCUCAGAGAGAAGCUGUGAAGUUCUGUCCUCAGUCCUCAGCUCCCAGUCCUCUAGUCUGAGAGAACUGGAUCUGAGUAACAACGACCUGCAGGAUUCAGGAGUGAAGCUGCUGUGUGAUGGACUGAAGAGUCCACACUGUGACCUGGAGACUCUCAGCCUGUCAGGCUGUCUGAUCACAGAGGAAGGCUGUGCUUCUCUGGUCUCAGCUCUGAGAUCCAACCCCUCCCACCUGAGAGAGCUGGACCUGAGCUACAACCAUCCAGGAGACUCAGGAGUGAAGCUGCUGUCUGAUGGACUGAAGGAUCCUCACUGGAGACUGGAGACUCUCAGGGUGGAGCCUGCUGGAGUCCGAUGGAUGACACCAGGUCUGAGGAAGUAUUCCUGUGAACUCACAAUCGACACAAACACAGUAAACAGAGAACUCAAACUGUCUGACAACAACAGGAAGGUGACACUUGUGAAGGAGGUUCAGUCAUAUCCUGAUCAUCCAGACAGAUUUGACUCCUAUCCUCAGCUGCUGUGUAGAACUGGUCUGACUGGUCGCUGUUACUGGGAGGUUGAGUGGAGAGGAAAAGUUGAUGUAUCAGUGAGUUACAAAGGAAUCAUGAGGAAAGGAAACAGUAGAGACUGUUUGUUUGGAUACAAUCAUCAGUCCUGGAGUCUGAUGUGCUCUUAUGUAGGUUACUCUGUCCGUCACAAUAACACAUCAAGACGCAUCAUCACCUCCUCCUCCUCCUCCUCCUCUGGUAGAGUAGCAGUGUAUGUGGACUGUCCUGCUGGCUCUCUGUCCUUCUACAGAGUCUCCUCUGACUCACUGAUCCACCUCCACACCUUCAGCACCACAUUCACUGAACCUCUUUAUCCUGGGUUUGGGUUCUGGUUCAGGUCUGGUUCCUCAGUGUCUUUGUGUCCUCUGUAGGACGGAGAGUCUCCUCCUGGUGGAGAAGCUUCCUCUCUGCUCACCACAUAGGUCAGUGUGUACAGCUGAUGAAGGUCCAUGUAGGUGCAGGUGGAGCAG